AGGCACAGGGGGAAGAAGAGUGUUUGUGUGGAAACGCAACUUAAGUUUUGAAGCAGCACUUGAAGAGCUGCAAUGAAACCUGAAGUACCUGCAGUAAGGCUGAGGCAGCAGAUCAGCCCAGAGCUCCCGGCAGAUCAUCUCAUCAACCCAGACCUGGUUCAUGAGCAGAACCUGGUGCCUCUGGUAGCACUGGGCAGCAGGGAUCUGGCACAGACUCCGGACACAGGAGCAAUCGGAAGCAAGGCACGGCACUGGGUCUAUUGAUUCCACUGUCAUUAUACAGACUCUUUGUACACCCAGUCUUGGAGAUGCUGUGCAACCUGUCCACUAAGAUUCCCUGCCUGUCUCGCUGCCUCCUGCCCCUACUUCUCCUGUUGCCCCACGCUGGAGCCACCUGCCCAGAUAGCUGCAAAUGUGAAGAGAAGCCAAGUUACAGCAUCACCUGCAGCCACCGUUCCACCGCGCCAAAACUGCCACACAACGCGGAAAUACUGCGGCUCGUGGAGACCAGGAUUCCCAUCAUUCCCAAGGGGGCAUUUUCUAAUGUUCCCAAUAUAUCCCGAAUAUUUAUAACACUAGACACGGAGCUUCAGAAGCUGGAAGCCGGAGCCUUUCAGGGACUCCGUGUGAUCAGCCAAAUAGAAAUCCGAAGUCUCAUGAGCUUGAAUUGUAUAGAAGCGGAAGCUUUUGAAGACCUCCCAAUGCUGGAUUACUUGUUGAUUUUAAACACGGGAUUGUCCAUUUUCCCAGAUCUAAGCCAAGUCCGUUCUCUGGCCGUUAAUGUCUUUGUUGAGAUUGCGGACAACCCGAACAUGGCGUUAGUGCCAGCCUAUGCCUUCCAAGGACUGGGGAACGGUUUCCUGACCCUGAAACUGUACAACAAUGGCUAUACCGAGAUCCAUGGUUAUGCAUUCAACGGCACCCACCUGAUCACUGUGGACUUGCACAACAACGAGCGUCUGGCCGGCCUCCAUGAAGAUGUGUUUUUGGGUGUUCUGAGUGGCCCCACCACAUUGGACAUCUCAAAGACAGCGGUUGCCUCCCUUCCCACCAAAGGCCUGGAAAACCUGAAGCAUCUUCAGGCUCGAAGCACCUGGUACCUGAAGAAACUGCCCCCUCUAAACACCUUUGUUCACCUGGAGGUGGCAGAACUGUCUUACCCCAGCCACUGCUGUGCCUUCACAAACUGGACCAAGAAGAAGAGCGAUCUUGAAUCUAUUAUAUGCAAUCAGUCCUACAUACAGAACUCCCACAAGAAGCGCUCCCUGAGAACCGUUGUAGGCAUAGGCCCAUACUACCAGGAUUACAUGGACGGAGAUUCCGAGACGGAGAAUUCCAAGUCCACCGACUUUCUCAGCAGUAGCCACUAUUCUGUUUUCUUUGAGGACCAGGGCGACGAAGAAAUUGGCUUUGGGCAGGAGAUAAAGAACGCACAGGAACAAUAUACCCACGCCUUUGAGAGCUACUAUGACUACAUCAUCUGUGGUGUCAGCGAGAAGCUGGUGUGCACGCCGGAACCUGAUGAGUUCAACCCUUGUGAGGACAUCAUGGGCUACAACUUCCUGCGCAUAGUGGUGUGGUUUGUCAACCUCUUGUCCAUACUGGGGAAUGCUUUUGUCCUGUUCAUCCUCAUCACCAGCCAUUACAAGCUGACAGUGCCUCGUUUUCUCAUGUGCAACCUAGCCUUUGCCGAUUUCUGCAUGGGCAUCUACCUCAUAGCCUCAGAGGACCUCCACACCCGCUCCGAGUACUACAACUAUGCCAUCAACUGGCAGACGGGGCCAGGCUGCAACACAGCUGGAUUCUUCACCGUGUUUGCCAGCGAGCUGUCAGUGUACACUCUGACUGUUAUAACGCUGGAGCGCUGGUACGCCAUCACCUUCGCAAUGCGCCUGGACCGCAAAAUCCGGCUCAGGCACGCCUCAUUCAUCAUGCUGGGUGGUUGGGUAUUUUGCUUUUUCCUAGCUCUUUUGCCGCUGGUUGGAAUAAGCAGCUACAUAAAGGUCAGCAUCUGCUUACCAAUGGACACAGAAACUGCCCUCUCCCAGGCCUACAUCAUCCUGGUCUUGAUGCUCAACAUCAUCGCAUUCAUCAUCAUCUGCGCUUGCUACAUCAAAAUCUACAUCACCGUUCGAAAUCCCCAUUACAAAUCUGGAGACAAAGACACCAAAAUCGCCAAACGUAUGGCAGUCCUCAUCUUCACCGACUUCAUCUGUAUGGCGCCAAUUUCCUUUUAUGCCUUGUCGGCCAUUAUGAACAAACCCCUUAUCACUGUGUCUAACUCCAAGAUAUUGCUGGUGCUGUUCUACCCACUUAAUUCCUGUGCCAACCCUUUCCUCUAUGCCAUUUUUACCAAGGCAUUCCGCAGAGAUGUCUUCAUCCUUCUCAGUAAGUUUGGCGUCUGUGAACACCAGGCACAGGUUUACCGUGGGCAGGCGGUGUCUCCUAAGAACAGCAGUGGAUCAUACAGUCAGAGGAGUAGCCGGGGAACCGGUCAGACACUGGCAAACAUUCCCGAUGUCCUAAAAGAAAACCAGCCUGUGGUGGGAACACAAAUCGACCCACUGGAUGACUGCCGGCUUACCAACUCUACACAGACUGACGGCUGGUACUAAUUUGUCGCUGGGUUUAGUGAAAAACAACAGGAAA